GUCGGACUCGUGUAAACUCGGCUCAGCCCUUCGGGUGUUUCCGGCCGUCGGGUUGAAGCCCCGCCCCGCUUCAUUCCUGCGUUGUUUGGGGACAGAAGGAAGAUGGCGGCGGCCCCGCUGUACUGUGUCUGCCGGCAGCCCUACGAUGUUAGCCGGUUCAUGAUCGAGUGCGACAUCUGUAAAGACUGGUUCCACGGCAGCUGCGUGCAGGUAGAAGAGCAUCAUGCCGUGGAUAUCGAUGUUUACCACUGUCCCAACUGUGAUGUCGUACACGGACCCUCCCUGAUGAAAAAGCGCAUCAACGGCCACAGGCACGACUACACCGAGCCAAACGACGGGUCCAAGCCGGUGCAGGCUGGCACCGCGGUGUUUGUCAAGGAGCUCCAGAACAGGACCUUCGCCAGUGGCGAGGAGAUCAUGAUGCAGAUGAAGGGAGAGCAUGUGACGACCAGGUACCUGGAGAGACACGGCUUCAGCUACCCCAUAGUGGUCACGGAGAUGGAGGGCCUGGGACUCAAACUACCAGUCCCUACAUUCUCCGUCAAAGAUGUGGAGCAGUACGUGGGUGGCAACAAAGUCAUCGAUGUGAUAGAUGUGGCGCGGCAGGCGGACAGCAAGAUGAAGCUCAGCGAGUUUAUCAAGUAUUACACCAAGCCGCAUCGACCGAAGGUCCUCAACCUCAUCAGCCUGGAGUUCUCCGACACAAAGAUGUCCGAGUUGGUGGAGGUUCCCGACGUGGCUCAGAAGAUGUCCUGGGUAGAGAACUACUGGCCGGACGACUCCUUCUUCCCCAAGCCCUUUGUCCAGAAGUACUGCCUUAUGGGGGUCAAGGACAGCUACACAGAUUUCCACAUAGACUUCGGAGGCACUUCUGUCUGGUACCAUGUUCUCUGGGGUGAGAAGGUCUUCUACCUGAUCAAGCCCACUCUCGCCAACCUUGCACUAUAUGAGGCAUGGAGCUCCUCGCCCAAUCAGAGUGAAGUGUUCUUUGGGGACAAAGUGGAAAAGUGCUACAAGUGUGUUGUGCCCCAUGGAACCACCCUGCUCAUCCCUACAGGCUGGAUCCAUGCUGUUCUCACCGCUCAGGAUUGCAUGGCGUUUGGAGGGAACUUCCUUCACAACCUCAAUAUUGGCAUGCAGCUCAGGUGUUACGAAAUGGAGCGUCGCCUGAAAACCCCAGACCUCUUUAAGUUUCCCUACUUCGAGGCCAUCUGUUGGUAUGUGGCCAAAAACCUCUUGGAGACGCUAAAAGAGCUACGAGAGGACAACUGUCCGCCACCAACAUACCUAGUGGAGGGAGUCAAGGCUUUAAUCAGUGCUCUGAGGACCUGGUUGAAAAGAGAGGUGACUGAGCCCACCAGUGAGGUACCGGACCAUAUCAGGCCUAACCAUCUCAUUAAAGAGCUGACCAAGGAAAUCCGCUACCUGGAGGAGGAACCAGUCAGUGGUAGCAAGCCAGUGAAAUCUCAGGGAACUGGUUGUGGAGUAGCAUCCAGAUCAGACGCCUGCCCGGCCACUCGCGCCACACUGGAGAGGCUGUGCCAGGCCCGGCAGGCGAGAAGGGCCGCCAGACGGCUGAGGGAGCAGCAGCGGCACGCUCCCAAAUUGCCCUCCAACCUGGACAUCUUAGAGCGGCACACCAGGGAGGUGCUGAGGAGGCUGGAGGUGGGACCGCUGGAGGAGGAUGCGGCCUUCUGUGCCAAGGUUCGUGGGAAGCUCAACAAAGUGUCAACUGCAUCAGCUGCUGCGGAGACUUUAGAGGACAACCAUCUACGGCUAAUGCUGGUCAACGGCAGAAUCAUCAGAGAUUUGAGGCGACCAGCCAGCAGCCCGGUGAAGACGGAGGGUGAACGGUCGUCGGUCGGCCCACCAAAGAGUUGUGUGAAGUCUGAGAGGACACAGGACGGUCAAGAGCAGCACAGCACAGUAGAGAAAGCCACACUCCUCAGUGGUCUGGAGAGGGUGAAGACUGAACUCAGGGAAGAAGUUUCAGGACACUCCAGUGUGUCAGACGUGGAUUCAGACAGUGACUCUCCCACAGAGCGUAAAGCAUCAUCUUCGUCGUCAUCGUCGUCGUCGUCAUCAUCGUCGUCGUCGUCAUCGUCGUCUUCGUCGUCCUCUUCUGACGAGGAUUCAGGGAGUUCCCAGGAGGAGGAGGAUGACGAGGAGAGGAGCUCAUCUCAGCAGAGAGGCUCAGGGCACACCAUAGAGCUGGACCCGUCUGGCCAGAAACUCAGGCACAAACACAAACCACUCAAACGAGAACGUCCUACCUCACCCAGCACAGAAGAGGCCAUUCAGGGGAUGCUGUCCAUGGCCGGUCUGCUGUGCUCCUCCAAGCCGGAGAAGGUAGCCUCGUCCCAGGAGCCCUGGUGGUCCAACUCCAGCCAGUGCUCGCCGCUGGAGCAGAGGGAGGAGGCGCAGCACCAGCACCGACUGCAGGGGGACAAGAGCCCGAUGGACAGCCAGGGCAACAGCAGCGAGGCCUGGGACAAUCAGGGGCUGCCCAGCCCGCUCAGCCGAAGCCAGGGCGGCAGCCCAGAGGCAGAAUAUCAAUACUGUGACCCCUCAAUGUCUCCACCGCUGCACCCUUCAAAGAGGCACGCCCCCAACCCCUCACCCAUCAGCAAUCAGGCCACGAAAGGCAAGCGGCCCAAAAAAGGAAUGGCCACCGCCAAGCAGAGACUGGGGAAGAUCCUGAAACUCAACAGACACAAUCGUGUGUUUGUGUAACAAUUAAAAUUUUUCAAAAAGCUAAAUUAUGCGUGUGGACGUUUUCGAGAAGGAAAAAAAAAGAAAAGAAACUCUGGUGUUUUUGUUACCAGACACAUUUGUUCUGUAGAAACAGAGAUAAAAACAAACAAACACACACUGCCUGGAGAAUACGAAUCUUGACACGUCAAACACGCUCACUGUGCAUGCUUAGGAGACAGGGUAUUGGAUUUGAAAUAAGCAAGUGCACGACUUCACCACAAGCACACUAAGAGCAAAACAGAAAAGGAGCUACGGGAAGCAGAGAGGGACAAGCAUGUUGUGAAUUCUUUCUGCUGCAGGGAAAAGGUGGACUGGAGCUCCUUCGGGCAUUAAAAUGGACUAAUGAGAUGUAGGAGGUCUACCAAACAAACAACAAAAAUACUUGCUUUGCUGGGGAGCAGCUUCUGAUGCCAAGAUCACCUGCAUCAUAUUUUUAAUAUUUCCCCCCCUCCGCACAACCUUCACUUGCUUCAUUGCUGUCUGCGACAAAACUGAUCAGGAUGGAGGAGCAGAUAAAACGGAGUUGUUUAUCUCUUGUGAGGUCUUUUUUUUAUUUUCCUCUGGCUCUGAGCGGGGGGGAAACGAGGUGCUAAGGAGGACGCGGUGAACUGAAAUUUUUCUAAAUGGUGCUUAUUGUUUGUAUUUUCCUCGACUCAUGCUUGUCCCUUCCCGCCCUCACCUCCCUCCCCGAUACCCCCCCUUUUAUCUCAAUCACACCAGCAAUAAUGACUUUGAGGAGAGAGAGGAACGAGCGAGAGGCAGCACUUUGAUGCAUUAUUCCCAGAUACUUCUGUUUGUAGAAAAACCUUAAUAGGUGCAUUAGACUUUUUACAAUUUAGUGCAAAAUAUGCUCUCAAAUCUGCACUAUGUUUUGAUAAUUAGAGGGGAGUUUCUGAGCGAUUUCUGCUGAAGGGAAGCUGCUCAAAGUGCUGCCUCUCUGAAUUUGUUUAAAAUAGGAAUUACGAGUCGCUUGGUCUUAAAAAACCCGAAGAUGACAAAUGACGCGUGUCGCGUGAUAUCCUGCUUAAUUUAUUGUCGUUUUUCACUUUGUUGUUUUUUUUAAUGUUAUUUUUAUGGAUUCUGAAUGAUGUAUUUAUUAAUGAAAGAGAUAAUGAUUUUAUUAUAUUUUGACCCGAAAGCCUCAGCUAUUGAGUUUUGUUUUUUUCCUUCAUAGGGUUAAUUUUUUCUCUUUCUCUUUAACAAAUGCUUUUUGUAAAUGUGGAUGUUUUAGAGUUCCUGUGAUCAUCAUCUGUUGAGUAGCAAUUUAUCUACAAAUCUUUUAUUACCUUCUAUUUUAUCACACCUCUUUCCCCCAGUCGAAUAGUGUUGAUUCCUGUAUGUUCUGGUUUCCUCUUCUCCCUGUAGCCGGAGGUGUUGGGGCUAUGUGCGAAUAGAAACUAGGUUAGGUUGAGAAAUGUCAACUUCCAUAUUUACACCUGAGCUUUUUCAACUAGUGCCAGUUAUCAUUUAGCAAAAAAAAAAAAAGUAUUCUGAGCCACUGUGGUCGAUCCAAAGUAGUCGAUGCAUACAGAAGAAGUGAACGUAUGUGGAAUUUAAAUAGGAUGAGUGAGAUUUUUCCUUUAAAAAAAAAAAAAAAAAAAAAAAAAAAAAAAAUUACAGUGCUGAUCUGAGAAUUGUGUUUUUCUCGGGGUGCGCAGUUCUUCACUCUCAGGGAAUGAUGCCAUGGACAUAACCUUCGAUUAACCACCAGCCACGUCAUGGAUGCAGACAGGAUGUUCUCAGCACUCACUGGAGACUUAAAAAAAAAAAAAAAAAAAAAAUUCACCUCCUGCUUUGGAGUUGCUGAGGUUUGUGUUUUUUUUUUUUGUUUUUUUUUUAUUAUUAUUUCAUGGUCGUGGUUUUCAAGUUGUAAUUACGAGCUGUGCUUUGACCAGUCAGUCAGUCAGUCAUUGUACCUCUUAGGCUAACUUUCACAACUUCUGUUAAUAUGAAUUUGGUAUUGUCCCUUCACUGCUUUUUAAACACACGUUUUAGCUCAGAGUGACUUUGUUAGGUCGACUCUAAAAGACUUUAAAACCAGGCUAACGGUUGCUUUGAAAGCUUUGCUCAGGUUGACUUGUGGUGCACAUGACCUGCGAGUGACUGUGUGAUCAGUCAUCCAGCCCUGGUGAGGUGUUUCACAUAAUCCUAAAACAAAGAACCAACUUAAAAAAAAAAAUAGUGUCAAUCACAUUACCAGACUGAUUUCCUCAUUUUUUUUUUCUUACACUACACUUUAACCUUUGAACUCUUUGCAUGUCAAGUCAUUGAAAACACGAGCUGGCCCGCAGGCAGGGUUUGUAAUAAGCUGUAGUAUUCAUCGUACAGAAUCGGUCCCCUUUUUGCUUUUAUAUGCGGCUCUCUUGGCAUUUGUGUUAUGUGCGUUGUUUUCUUAUGUGUUUUUGUUCUCCCCAUAUUUAAAUGGCUUAUGAUUUUAAAUAUACAAACACUGGCUAACUGACACUGUUGAUGCAUUGCAUUUUGUUUCUGCAUUUCAAAAAUUGCGUGUAAA